GGGCCGCCUGAGGUCUAUUCCCCAUUUCUGCUACAGUCCAAGUCAUGGAUCCAGUUACCUGACCGAUUCGCGAGACUGAUGGGGCGGCGUCACGGCGGCGGCGGCCGCGGAGGCGGAAGAGGGCGAGGGCGUGGGCGAGAUGAGGAAGAAGAUCUUCCUCUGCACAAGGCCGCAAGGUCUGGUGAUGCGGCAGCGGUGGAGUCGUUGUGCGAGUCCAACCCUCUCGCCGUCAACUCAAGGGACCGCCUCUCACGCACACCACUCCACCUGGCUGCAUGGGCUGGGCAUGUUGAUGUUGUGAGAUGCCUUUGCAAGCACAAAGCUGAUGUGGGAGCUGCAGCAAUGGACGACACAGCGGCGAUUCAUUUUGCUUCCCAGAAAGGCCAUGUAGAAGUGGCCCGUGAGCUUCUGGCAUCUGGGGCCUCUGUGAAAGCAAAGAAUCGGAAAGGCUUCACAGCACUGCACUUUGCUGCGCAGAAUUCCCACCUAGAUCUUGUGAAGUACCUUGUGAAGAGAGGCAUUGACGUCACAACAAAGACUAAAGGUGGCCAGACAGCUCUACAUGUCGCUGAGGAUGAUGAAGUGCGUGCGUUCCUGAAGGAGUGCGAGCAGUCCAUGAAGAAGGGAGCCGAACUACCAUCAGAGAAGAAGGAUGAUUCUGCCGAGAAAGAGGGUGACAGCAAGUCUUCAGGUGAGGUUAUGAAAGAGGGGGAGGAUGCAGGGCAGGGCGACAAGCGGAAAAGUGAAGGGUCUGGUGCGUCGAGCUCGCCGGGAGCAAAAAAAGCUAAAGUUUCCCUUGGUCAUCUAGUUAGUGAAAAUGACAUGGACGAAGAAGAGGAGUGAUUUUGAGCAGCCCUGACCUUGAGGAUGUAAUAGAAGUACAAUUCGAUGGUUCCACUUCCACCCUGUGUGCUUUGUUAUUCUAGUCUGUACGGUGAUCUUGAAUGUAAAGACAAGUGCAAAGUUGAAUCUCAAUUCUCAUGUAUUGCAUGGAAGUUCUAAGUGCAUCA